AAGCAGAAACAACAGAAAGCGAAAACAACACCGCGCCCGCUACCCUACCCGUUAACACUCCAAUACAGGCUGAUAUAAUGGCAAAUUUCGAUGAUAUAUUGCAGCGCGCUCGCCUCGCAUUCGCCAGCGGCAAGACAAGGAACGUAAGCUUUCGACGCAAACAAUUGGAAAACUUGCUGCGCUGCUAUGAGGAACAUGAGAACGAGAUUAUCAGCGCCCUUGAGGCGGAUCUGCGCCGGCCCAAACAGGAAAGUUUGAUCGUCGAGACGGAGUUUAUGAAGAAUGACAUCAAGCAUAUACUGUACAACCUGGACGAAUGGGUCAAGCCAGAAAAGCCAGACAAAUCGAUUGUCAAUUUGCUGGAUGAUGUGCAUAUCUACAAGGAUCCCUAUGGAGUUGUUCUGGUGAUUGGCGCCUGGAACUACCCGCUGCAGCUGCUGUUGGUGCCCGUUGCUGCUGCCAUUGCUGCUGGCAACUGUGUGAUCCUCAAGCCAAGCGAAAUUGCGGGCAAUUGUGCAAAGUUCAUAGCAGAGACUCUACCCAAAUAUUUGGAUAAUGAUUGCUAUCCCGUCGUCUGUGCCGGACCGAGUGAAACAGCUGAGCUUUUGGAACAACGUUUUGAUUACAUUUUCUACACGGGCAGCACGCGCGUGGGCAAAAUUGUGCAUGCAGCUGCUGCUAAGUAUUUAACACCAACGACCUUGGAGUUGGGUGGCAAGAGUCCGUGCUAUAUAGACAAAUCGGUUGAGCUGCGCACAGCUGUGAAGCGCAUUUUAUGGGGCAAGCUAAUUAACUGUGGACAAACGUGCAUUGCCCCCGAUUAUAUACUCUGCUCCAAGGAAAUUGAGCAGAAAUUCAUUGUGGAAGUGAAAGAGGUGCUCAAGGAAUGGUACGGCGACAAUAUACAGAGCAGUCCCGAUUUGAGUCGCAUCAUUAACCAGACUAAUUUCCAACGUCUGUUGGGCUUGAUGAAAGCCGGACGCAUUGCAGUUGGUGGUAAAUACGAUGCCAGCGAACGUUUCAUAGAGCCAACAAUUCUGGUUGACGUUAAGGCCAAUGAUCCCGUUAUGGAGGAGGAAAUCUUCGGUCCCAUCUUGCCCAUCUACACUGUAGAGAAUGCCUAUGAUGCAAUUAAGUUCAUCAAUGCCAGAGAAAACCCUCUCGUCAUGUAUAUAUUCACGUCGGAAAAUGAGGUGCUCGAUCUAUUUGUCAAUGGCACCCAAUCGGGCGGAAUGUGCGUUAACGACACGAUUAUGCAUUAUGCCGUUGAUACCCUGCCUUUUGGCGGCGUCGGCAUGAGCGGCAUGGGCAGCUACCAUGGCAAAUAUGGCUUUGAUACGUUCACACAUAAGAAAUCUUGCCUGGGCAAGAAUUUGGCCCUGCUAGGCGAAAAGAUGGCAUCCGCUCGCUAUCCGCCUUAUUCGGAUCGUAAGGCUUCGUUGCUUUCAUUCCUUUUGCGCAAACGUCGACCUCUGCCCAAUUUACACUUGACGCACAUCCUGGCAGUUGGUUUGGGCGUUGGUCUCACCUUUUUGACCAACUACUAUUUGCAGGUAAGGAAGGGCAAGGUGUUGCGUUAGAACUUUUGUAUACCCAACAAAUGGCGGACUUAAAAAUCGUGUUGCAACUUCAUCAGCCAGUGGACAGUUAACAUAUAUACAUAUAUAUACAUAUAUUUAAAUAAAAUAUAUUUAAUUCAAUCCUUGAAUAUAUUUUUGGAAGCAUA